CGCAACGGCGAACAUCCAUAAAACUGAAGGUACUGACUUCUCAUUAUCAGUUUAUGUCUAUUGACUCAAAGUGGAAAUCAGAGUCAUUAUCGACUGCUAGUUUGCCCGUAGUUGAAUGUAAAUCAGAACAAUACGUUCAUUUGUGGAAGUCGGAAAAAUAUUGUGAACGUGAAUAUGGUAGAAAUCUCUUCGGCUGGUGCUGAAGAUUAUGCCAAUAAAGGAAAGGAUAAGAAUCGGGAGAAAAUUGGAAAUAGAAUACGUGAACCUGGGGAUGUUGCAGACGAUGAUGAUGAGAAGCUGACACUUGAGGAUCUGGCGCCUGAUGGGGGAUGGGGGUGGAUGGUGGCACUAGCGAUGAUACUCGUUCUUGUGACGAUUUUCGGCUCUACACCAUGCUUCGCUAUUAUGUUUGGAGAAUUUUUCGAGUCAACAGGCCAAGGUGGCUCGGUUAUGACAUUUCUCAAUUCUGUCUUCAUGAUCAGUUACUCACUCUCAGGGCUCCUGACGAAUGUUCUACUGAAAAAGUAUCCGAUGAGAAGUAUCGGGGUCGCGGGAGCUGUGGUGUUCUCCAUUCCCAACGUCAUGUUGGCAUUUGUCACUCACGUUUAUGAGAUGGCUCUCAUCUCCUUUGUGCAGGGAGCCGGUGCCGGCUUUGUUUACACCAUCUUGAACGCCAAUUUUUAUGCGUACUUUGUUAAGAAGAGGGCUAUAGUAAUGAGCGCUGCCCAAGUUGUGGUUGGUAUUGGAUCGAUAGUGUAUCCAAUUUGGAUAGGCCACAUGAUGGAGACGUAUGGAUUUCGAGGGACUGCUGCACUCGUCGGUGCGAUGAGUCUCAAUAGCAUUCUCGGGAUGAUGCUGAUGCACCCAGUUGAGUGGCACUUGCGAAAUCCUGAGGAGGUGCGUGAGGAGAGGCGACAAUUGCGGGCAGAACAAUUUUCCCAUGAUUCCGGUGUCAGUGAUAAGUUUAACCACGCGCUAGUGAAGGAUCGGAGAUUUACGUUGGGGGAUAUCAAUUUGAGUCUGGAAACUGGUCGGUGGAACAGUCUGGAGAAUCUCAGGUGUAAGGAGUCUGGUCAACAUCAUUCAUCGAUUUUAAUAGAAACCCUCAAGGAACAAGCAGAGAGAACCUAUUCUGCUGGAGAGGGUGGACUUUUCCGUCCAAGAUCGAAAUCGGGUUCCGGUAGACCGAAGCUGCCACUGCAACAGACCUUCUCAGCACCCUCGGCUUCCAGCAUCGGGAGCAUCGCCGGUGCUCUGGCGGAGGUCAAACAGCGCACGGAACAUUUACCGAAGCACAUCAGCGACCACCAUGGUGAGAAGACUGAGCAGAAACUCGAGGAGGAAAAAGAUCUGAUUACAAAGGACAAGAGUCAAAAUAAAACCGAAGGCGAAGAAUUCUCAACUCUGAAAAUGCUGUCAGACCUGCUUGAAUUAUCACUCCUCAAAGACCGAACAUUCAUGAUCAUGAGUUUCGGAAUGAGUUUUGUAUUCGUAAGUGAUUUCACGUUCUCCUCAUUACUACCUCUGGCUAUGUUGGAGGGAGGCUACAAGACUGCUGACACAUCUAUGACGAUCACCGUAGGGGCCACUGCUGAGCUAGUAUCCAGGAUAAUACUGGUGGUGUUCACUCUAUUCGUGAAGGCUCGAGCUAAGACGAUAUUCUUCUUCGCGACUAUUGCAAUGGCUGGUGUCAAAGUUGCAUAUUUUCACCUGGAAAAUACAUUAACCGGCAUAAUGGUUUCAACGGUGCUGAUAGGCACUGUUAGAUCAUGGCUGUAUGUUCCGCAACCCUUGGUAAUCGUCGAGAAUCAUCCGGUGGAAAAAUAUGCUGCAUGCUAUGGCAUAUUCUCAUUAAUCAGUGGAUUCAUCAUGAUUUCUGGUGGCCCUCUGUUCGGUUUUAUUAAGGACGUGACGGGUAGCUUCAAAGUCUGUCAACUAUUCUUAAUUGCCACAAAUUGCUUCCUUAUUGUGCCCUGGGGGAUGGAACUGAUGAGGAAGUCCUGGAAGAGAGAUUCUGCAACGAAAAAAUGAACAAAUGGGUCCCAGCACUCCUGACUUACAGAAAUAAGUGUAUUUAUUGAAUAAAAUCCUAUGCCAAAGUUGAA